AUGGAACUGAGAUAUGGCUGCCAAGAGAAAGUUGGAAAAGUUGCAUUAUGGUUUUCCAAGGGAACUGAACCUGACUUUGUUAAGGACGAAGUUGGGUUCACUAUGGAAGAAAUACUGCAAACAAUCAUGAACAGCGUACACAAUGCAAGUGUGUUGGGAGUUUUUCCUUUCAAUUAA